UGUGAUGCGCGCGCUUCGUCGCGAAUGGCAAAAGCCAAAUAGAAUUUCACGUGUUGCUUUUAAAUUGUUUAUUUUUUAUAUACCGCGAAAAUGAGUGCACCAAAUGACAAGAAAAUUGUGAUUAAUAAACGAUUAAAAGGCAUGCCCCGUGAGGCUCUGGAAAAACUGACCCAAACCGAGCUGAUCGACAAGGUUGUCCAAUUGGAGGCCUACAACUUUCAGUUGCGGAAUCUCCUGCAGAAAAAGUUAACCGAGCAAGAUAAUCUUGAGGAAUACUCUGCAGUAUUUGGUAACGAAGCGAAGGAUGGAGUUACCCAGGUGGCUAAGUCAUCCAGCAAAGUGCAGAAGCAACGUAAGUUCGAUUGGAGCAGUGCCCACAAGCGUCAUGUAUUGCUAAAGAUAACGUACUUCGGAUGGGAUUAUCAGGGAUUUGCCUGCCAGGAGGAUUCCAAUGACACUAUUGAAUCCAACUUGUUCCGCGCUCUAUCUCGCACCUGCCUCAUCGAUUCCCGCGCCAACUCCAAUUAUCACCGUUGUGGACGCACAGACAAGGAGGUUAGCGCCUUCUGCCAGGUGAUCUCCAUUGAUCUGCGCAGCAAACAUUCACCCGAAUUCCAGCUGGAUCCCACAGCGCUUUCCACCGAGAUCGACUACUGUGGACUUCUAAAUCGAGUGCUGCCCAAGAACAUCCAGUGCGUGGCUUGGAUGCCACUGCGAAGUCCGGUUUAUAGCGCUCGCUUUGACUGCGUUUCCCGUAGCUAUCGUUACUACUUUCCCAAGGGCGACUUGGAUAUUGGUGCCAUGAGUCAGGCCUGUGAUCUCCUAGAGCGUCACGCGGACUUCCGGAAUUUCUGCAAAAUGGACGUUCACAACGGGGUCACUAACUAUAUGAGAAACUUGCAGUCUGCCAGGGUGGUAGCUUGUGAUGAAAAUCAUACAAAUUCAGGCUACGACAUGUACUACCUGGAAAUUCAAGCAAAUGCUUUCCUCUGGCACCAAAUACGUUGCAUAAUGGCGGUGCUAUUGCUUGUUGGCCAGAAAAAGGAAAGCCCCACCGUAAUCAGUGAACUGCUUGAUGUGGAGUCCAAUCCAUGCAAGCCUCAAUACUCACCCGCCAUUGGAUUACCCCUAAAUCUAUUUCAUUGCGACUUUCGGGACCAGACAACUAGAAGUGUAAACCAACUAGGCAGCGGUGAUGCAAAUGAAGAGGCCAUGGAUACAGUCUCCGAGGAAACAGAUAACACAAAUGCUCCCGAACUUUUGGAGCGUGAUCUUACAACGUGGAUAUACAACGAGGAAAAUCUACAAAAGCUUAUUGAAAACACCCAGUGUGAGUGGGCGCAAUUUAGUGUUAAAAGCACCAUGAUACGUAAUGUUCUACAAGAACUGGAAGCCCUAUUAGAAGAGAACUUUAUGCCUAAAGAGAAGGUGCAGUCUCAAGUAAUCCUCUUGCAGGAUUCCGUCAAACCACGUCAAUAUCAGCCUCUUCUGGAACGCAAACGAUGUGAGAGUUUGGAGAACCGGAUAGAGCAUUUUGUAAAGAAGCAACGACUGAUUGUGAAGAAUGAAACGGAAAAAGAGUGAUUUAUUUUAAUAUAAUUUCAUUGAAACAAAACGUAUAUUGUUUUUCAGGUAAAUAUAUUAAGGUUGUAUGUAAAUAGAA